AUGGUAGAGAUUGAACUUAAGAAGGUUGCAGCUAAAGACCAACAAGGGGAUGUUGAGUAUACUGGAUACCCUCUAAGUGUGAAGGAUGUGGUUCUUACAUUAACGGGAUCAGACAGCACAUCCAUCACUCUUACAUGGGCAGUAUCGCUGCUACUCAACAAUCCAGCUACUUUAAAAGCAGCACAAGAAGAGAUUGACAAUUGUGUCGGGAAAGGUAGAUGGGUUGAAGAAUCCGAUAUAAGAAACCUCAAUUACCUACAAGCUAUUGCUAAGGAAACUCACCGACUUUACCCGCGGGCUCCUCUUACAAGAAUCCGCGAAGCACGUGAAGAUUGUUUCGUGGGAGGAUACCGUGUUGAGAAAGGCAUACGCUUGCUCGUAAACAUAUGGAAACUUCAUAGGGAUCCCAUGAUCAUUUGGCCUGACCCCAAAACCUUUAAGCCUGAGAGGUUCAUGGAGGAGGAAUCACAAUGUGGAAAGGGCGACUUUGAGUACAUUCCAUUCAUUUCAGGAAGAAGGUCGUGUCCAGGGAUCAAUCUAGAUCUAAGAGUUGUUCACAUCGUGUUGGCUCGGUUGCUUCAGGGUUUUGAGUUACGCAAAGUAUCUGGUGAACCAUUGGAUAUGGCUGAAGGGCCUGGUUUAGCCUUGCCAAAGAUUAACCCGGUCGAUAAACUUGAUUAUUUUUGA